UAUCAAAGUUUCUCAUCUUCUCAGAAAAUCUGCUCCUGUUUCGACUUCCAACAGUAGCUCGUCCUUUUCCAUAUUUUCAUGGAAAAAGAAAUGAAUCUAGGGUUUCCAUUGCUCUGAACUUAAGACAUCUCUCUCUCUCUCUCUGCAGCUAUGGCAGGCCUUCAUCGAUCUUCAAGCUCUCCAACGAGAAAUGUUCUUCCCCCGCAAGAGCUUCUCGACGAUCUUUGCAGCCGGUUUGUUUUGAAUGUUCCGCAAGAAGACCUACAGUCAUUUGAGAGAAUUUUAUUUCUUGUUGAGCAAGCACAUUGGUUCUACGAGGACAACUCAGCGGAGCAGAACCCAUUGCUGAAGUCACUCUCUCUCAGAGAAUUCACAUCUUUGAUGUUUAACAGCUGCGUUGCACUGAGACCAUAUAUUGGACACAUAGAUGACAUAUACAAAGACUUCACUUCAUAUAAAGUUCGAGUUCCAGUAAGCGGAGCAAUCAUUUUGGAUGAAUCAUAUGAAAUGUGUUUAUUGGUGAAAGGUUGGAAGGCUGGAGCAGGAUGGAGUUUUCCCCGUGGGAAAAAGAACAAAGACGAGGAGGACCACACAUGUGCUAUUCGAGAAGUUCUGGAGGAAACUGGUUUUGAUGUUUCCAAACUUUUGAAAAGGGAUGAUUACAUUGAAGUUACAAUUGGGCAGCAGAGGGUGCGGCUCUACAUAAUUACUGGUGUGAAGGAAAAUACUGUCUUUGCACCACUAACCAAAAAGGAGAUAAGUGAAAUUUCAUGGCACCGGCUUGAUGAACUUCAGCCAGCAGGCAAUGAUGUAAUAUCUCGAGGAGCCAAUGGCCUGAAGCUUUUUAUGGUUGCACCCUUCUUGGCGCCUCUUAAAGCGUGGCUCUCAAAACCUCAGCCAUUCGCAUCUCAAAAAUCGGAGACAUCUACCAAAGGAGCAUCCAUGUGGAAGGCAAAAAAUGGCUCUUCAGGUGUCACAACAUCGACUGAGAACCCAUCAACUAAGCCUGGAUCCGAAAUUCAACCAGCUGAUGCAGGGCCUGGCAAAAGCUUCAGAAACUUCAGGUUUGACUAUGCGUACAUCUUACGGUCAAUGGAAAUUGCUUUCUCCGACUGAUUAAAAUGUGAAUAUGAUCCGUCACUAUCUCGAAUUGGCUCUGUAUAGCAUCAUGUGUUUUAAUCCCUUCGCUUAGUGACUAACAUAUAGCUACCAUCAAAGGGUGUACAAGCACUGUAGCAGUUGUCAUGUUUCUAAUGUAGUUUUGGCCCCGCUUUUUUACCAGAAAAAUGGUGGCUUAGAUGGAAUUCGAGUUAUUGAACUAAUGACCGAAAUUUAUAGUAUUGGUUGGAUGAACAUUGUGUUAGACUUUUAAGUGAUCUUUAACUCACUAGGAGGGCCUGUUUGAUUUUCCAAUUUCAACCGUAAAUGGCUGUAAAUGGGUAAUGAUUAUUUACUCCUGUAAUUGUGGUGACAUACUUUUAUUUUACUGCAAUGAUGAUUUUACUACAUUGUUUCAUCUAGAAGUCACUGUAAAGAUGGUAGUUUUAUAAUGUGAAAAUGUAAUGAUUACUAUUUACUUUA